AAACUGUCCAACUCGCAACUCGCGUUUCUCUAUAAGGGAUCUUUACCACUUCCCUGCCUAUGCGGCCGGAGCGCCGUGCCUCUCCCCAGCAGAGACAACCGCCUUCCAGGCACUGCCCAGAUUGCUUCCGACACCCUUAAAAUAAUACUGCAGCCCGGCGCCCCUGCCAUGGAUUCCUUUAAAGGUGGAAUGAAUUUGGAGAGACUGCCUGAGAGCUUGAGACCCCAACCCUCCCAUGACAUGGCUUCCAGCUUCCAUUUGCAAAGAUCCUCGGAACCCCGAGACCCGAUCGACAACUCAGCCAGUGAAUCCUCCGACACGGAGGUGCCAGAAAAGGAGCGUAGCGGAGAGCAGAAAAACGAAGACGGGGCCGCCGACGACCCGGCGAAGAAGAAGAAGCAGAGGCGGCAGCGGACCCACUUCACCAGCCAGCAGCUGCAGGAGCUGGAGGCCACCUUCCAGCGAAACCGCUACCCCGACAUGAGCAUGAGGGAGGAGAUCGCCGUCUGGACCAACCUCACCGAGCCCCGAGUCCGGGUUUGGUUCAAGAACCGCCGAGCCAAGUGGAGAAAGCGGGAGCGGAACCAGCAGAUGGACCUGUGCAAGAACGGCUACGUGCCCCAGUUCAGCGGGCUGAUGCAGCCCUACGAUGAGAUGUACGCCGGCUACCCCUACAACAACUGGGCCACCAAAAGCCUCACCCCGGCGCCGCUCUCCACCAAGAGCUUCACCUUCUUCAACUCCAUGAGCCCCCUGUCCUCGCAGUCCAUGUUCUCGGCGCCCAGCAGCAUCCCCUCCAUGAACAUGCCCUCCAGUAUGGGCCACUCGGCCGUGCCGGGCAUGGCCAACUCCGGCCUCAACAACAUCAACAACAUCAGCGGCUCCUCGCUCAACUCGGCCAUGUCCUCUCCCGCCUGUCCCUACGGGCCGCCGGGCUCGCCCUACAGCGUCUACCGGGACACUUGCAACUCCAGCUUAGCCAGCCUCAGACUGAAAUCAAAGCAGCACUCCAGUUUCGGCUACAGCAGUUUGCAAAGCCCCGGCUCUAGUUUAAACGCCUGUCAGUACAACAGUUGACGGACUUGACACAAACCACCUCCGACAAAGCACCGCCGACAAAGCAAAGCAGAAGCAAAGCGACGUCUAACGGAAAAGAAAAAAAAAAAAUUAAACCCGAUGAUGAUUAAAAGCAAACCCCAAGCAAGUGAGAGAGGGAAAAAAAUAAAAUAAAGCACACCCCCCCCCCCACCCAAAAAAAAGCCCCAAAAACUCCGCGGACUUCGACUGUCUAGGAAAAAGAAAAAAAAAAAGGCAAAAAACGAUGCAACCAACAAAACAGCGCUUUUAAAAUAUUUUUUAAAAAAUUUAAAAAAAUAUAUAACUCCAUCUAAAACCGUAAACGGACCAGAAAACUUUUGCAAGAGACACCGAAAUCUGGUACAUGGAUGAGUUGCAAUUUUUUUCUCUGGAUUAUGCGGGUUGUAUGUGUUUACUUGAACUUGCACAGGAGCCGGUACGGCGGCCGCUGCCCCGCGGGG